AUGUUACGUGCGUAUACUCUCUCGUUGAGUCUUUUCAGUUGUGUAGUCUGUAGUAUGGGACAUAAUGGCAGCGAAUAUUCGGGUACUGAACGCAUGGGCGUUGUAGCCACUGAACUGUACACCACGAUCGCCGCAGGGAAGAGGGAAAGGGGAGGUUUGAACUUUGUGUUUUCCCCAUUCAGCAUUCUUUCCGUCUUUAAAAUGGCGCAAAUGGGAGCACGGGGAGAAACACGAGAUGAGAUGGAUCAGCAUUUCCCCCUUUCUUCGCCCCUUGACCUCCCAGCCUUGCGCGGUCCCGCUGCCCCUUGGGAAACCGAGCCCCCCAUUCAGCUAGAGACAGCAAACCGGAUGUAUGUAGAAUCCUCAUUAGCAACCGACGAGCAUUUUCUUCACUUUGCCCGUCAGGUGUUUACACGCCUUAAGUGCGAAGCGAUGGUCGCGGACUUCGAGGAUUCCGAAGCCGCGGCUGCUGCUAUAAAUGCUUAUGUAGAGGAGAAGACGAAGGGGCACAUAAAGCGCCUUGUGCCUGCUUCUCUCCUGUCAUCUUCAACUCGAAUGGUGCUGGUGAAUGCGUUGUAUUUUAAGGGUCCGUGGGCUUUCCCCUUUUCGCCCGACAUGACGUCGGUCGGGUCUUUCUGUGUGGAGGAUGGGCAGACGGGAUGUGUCCAAGAGCAGCAGGUGAAGUUCAUGCAACAGCAACUGGAGAGGGGCUUCGGAUACUUCGAAGGGGAGGCAAUGAAAGUCUUGUCCCUGCCUUACGCAGACCCACGCUUCUGCUUAUAUGUGUUUCUACCCAAAGACAUUUCUCACUUUGAACAGCAGUUGCUGCAAAAGCCAGACGCUGCCGAGGAGCUCGUAAGGCAAGUGGACAACACUGUUUCCUCCGGAUCGGUGUUGCACUUGUCCAUACCUCUGAUCAAGUUUGUGGCAGAAGAAAACCAAGUAGACCUUGCUGCGGUGUACAGACACCUAGGCGUGCGUCUCAUGUUCGAGGCGGGCAAGGCAGACUUUUCAGGGAUUGCCCGUGACAAAGACCUUUAUGUUUCUUCCUUUCUCCACCAAGCAGAUUUCACGUGGAAUGAAGAAGGCACUGAGGCUGCUGCAGCCUCUGCUAUG